GCUGGGGAAGGAGGGAGCGAGCCAGCCAGCCAGCGCAGAGCAGCAGAAGGUGGCUGGCGAGGAGCGGGCUCGGGGGCGCAGACAACUUCGCUGCGAGUUGGAGCCGGCAGCCCGCGGUGCCUGGGCUGUAACCUGACACCGGGGAGAGAGCAGCGGCGGAGCGGAGGAGGAAAGAAGACCCCGAAAGGGGGUAGGAUGGUGACCUCCUCCUCCGCCGCCUCCUCCGCCUAGCCGGACUCCGCGGCGGCGCCCGGGACUCGCGCUCCGAGCCGGGCUCGGGGCAGCCGGCCUGCCAUGGGGAGGGGGCAGUUCGCUUGAGCUCCCGCUAACUUUCCCCCCGGGCGGGCGGAGCGGGGCAGGCGGAUGGAGGAUGCGCUGUCCCCGGCGGGCUGUGUGACCAGGGGGCGGCGGCGGGGACGAUGAAGAAGCAGCCGCAGCAGCACAGCAACAGGGGCUGCCCGGAGCCCCGGCCCCAUGUGGCCCCUUCAGCUGGAGGGGGGCCCGGACAGGGGGGUGCCUGGAGGAGGCGGCGGCCCCUCUCGCUGCUGCCUUUCCUCUCGCUCCGCGACUACGGCUUCUGCAUGGCCGCCCUGCUACUCUUCUGCCUGGGCUCUCUCUUCUACCAGCUCAACGGGGGACCCCCGCACUUUCUGCUGGACCUGAGGCACUAUCUAGGAAAUUCCACUUACUUGGAUGACCAUGGACCACCCCCACGCAAGGUACUUCCUUUCCCUAGCCAAGUGGUGUACAACAGAGUUGGAAAGUGUGGGAGUCGAACUGUGGUUUUGCUUUUGAGAAUCUUGUCAGAGAGGCAUGGGUUCAACCUGGUUACAUCAGACAUUCAUAAUAAAACCAGACUGACCAAAAAUGAACAGAUGGAAUUGAUUAAAAACAUAAGCACUGCUGAGCAGCCCUAUUUAUUCACCAGACACGUUCAUUUCCUCAACUUUUCAAGGUUUGGAGGAGAACAACCAGUGUACAUCAAUAUUAUUAGGGAUCCUGUCAACCGAUUUUUAUCCAACUAUUUUUUCCGUCGAUUUGGAGACUGGAGAGGGGAGCAGAAUCAUAUGAUCCGCACCCCAAGUAUGAGGCAAGAAGAAAGAUAUCUAGAUAUUAAUGUAUGUGUUCUUGAAAACUACCCUGAAUGUUCCAAUCCCAGGUUAUUUUACAUCAUACCGUAUUUCUGUGGACAGCAUCCAAGAUGCAGGGAGCCUGGGGAAUGGGCCCUCGAAAGAGCAAAACUGAACGUGAAUGAAAAUUUCCUGCUUGUGGGGAUUCUGGAAGAGCUAGAGGAUGUGCUGCUUUUACUGGAAAGAUUCUUACCUCAUUAUUUCAAGGAUGUGCUCAGCAUCUACAAAAACCCAGAACAUAGGAAACUUGGCAAUCUGACUGUGACAGUGAAAAAGACCAUCCCUUCUCCAGAAGCUAUACAGAUCCUCUACCAGCGCAUGAGAUAUGAAUAUGAGUUCUACUACUAUGUCAAAGAACAGUUUCACCUGCUAAAGCGCAAAUUCGGACUUAAGUCUCAUAGCAGUGAACCACCUCCCAAGCCAGAAUUUUUUAUUCCUUCUCCCCUGGAAACUGAAGAACCAAUAGAUGAUGAGGAGCAAGAUGAUGAAAAGUGGUUAGAAGAUAUCUAUAAAAGGUGAUGCAAGCACCGAGCUCUCCUCUGGUGACCCCUCCAGCUUUCUCAAUAUUUUUUUAUUAUUAAAAAAAAUAUUCCUUAAGGGACUGAGUUAAUGCGCAGCAGCAUUUAAAAGAAAAAAAAGUUCCCACAUGUUGGGACAAUUGAGAGACACCCGGUUUUGCGGGUUAUAUUUGUUUAAUUUUAUUAUAUUUUUCUUGACUCCAUAGGAUCCUUUAUAUGACAGAUUUUAAGAUGGAACCAUCUGUCAUUUCAUCACAAAAUAACUUUUGCACAGUAAAAUGCUGCUGUACACAUGCACCCAUUUGCAAAACAACAUAUAUUAGACAUCAUUUACCAAGUAACUUUCAUAAAAUCUCUGUCACAAGGAAGUCUUAAUACCAUGCCCAUUACUGUGGCAUUGAACAUCUGACAUCAUUUAUAAGCUAGUAGGGAUACCACUGGAGCAUAGUAACAACCUCUGAAUAGCAAGCAAAUAUAAACGGUUAUAUGAUCCAGAGCCAUUGUUACAACAUGUAACUAUAUUGGACUCAAAACAGUAGAGAGUCUCCCCUGGGGGACUUCCAGUGAGCGGACUACAAUGCACACUUCAAGCAGAUUAUAUCAGGUGAAAUAAAACAGGUUAAAGAACCCAGUUAACUAGAAGGGUUCACAGAGUCAAAGUGAAAAAAAUUAUCAGUGAAGUUGAAUGAUUGAGAUGAAUGGGUAGAUGGAAAGCCAAAGGGACAGUAUUGUGUGGUCUUGGGAUUUUGCUUCUGCAGUUGAGAAUAUUGCUCUUAGGCUCUGGAGGAUGAGGUGUGGUGCGUAGUUUUUAUUUUAAAGAAAAAAAGUAUACUAUUGUCGUUCCUACCCUGGGACACAGACAAAUUUGGGUGGAAGUAAAGUAAACGUGAUUUUAAAAUGAGGGAUGCUUUUUGUAUUAAGAGACAUUGACAGGUAUGACUGACAGGUAUGACUGACAUCUUGCAUACUGCAUAACGAUAAAAUAAAACAACAACAAAAAUAUCAAUGUAGCAUCAAAAAACCAAAACACAUUCAAUGGUAUAUUGGUAUGAACAACACUGAAAGUUUAAGUAUUGUUAUCAGGAAACACUAAAAGGUGGAGUGAAUGGGACUGGGUGAUGAAAUGGGGACAGUUCCAUUUAAGGUAUCCCCAGGAUUUCUGGUACAGUUUUGUGACAUUUAGGGCUUGAAUUUAACUUGGACAACAUGCCCAUACGAGCCAGUAAGUAUCUAGUUUGCACUCCUAAACAGACUACUCCAAUCUUGGGUCCAUGAACAUAGGAGUAAGCAGAGCUACUUCCUGUUUGCUCCCUUCCUGGAACCAAGUGAGUGAGGGAUGGGUGGAGUCUUGGCUUUGCAUGCACACUCGCUUGUGAGUAUGGCGUGAGCAGGGGUAAACUACUAGCGCAUAGACCAAGGAAGAAGUGCAGGAGGAAUUGUGGCUCUGAGGGGUGUCUCUACAUCACAAUGCCUCCCUACAUCACUUCUGCAGUGGUACAACAUGUGCACCACACCUUGCACGGGGCUGUGCCUAUAUUCACAAUUUAAUACAUGCUAGAUUUCUUCUAGGUCAGUGGUUUUCAACCUUUUUCCAUUUGAGGACCCCUAAAAAUUUUCAAAAGGAGUUGCAAACCCCUUUGGAAAUCUUAGACAUAGUCUGCAAACUUCCAGGGGUCUGCGGACCACAGGUUGAAAAUUACUGUUCUAGGCAAUUUUGGCUGGUCUCUUUGGUAAUUGCUUCAGGGGAGUUUCACUGUCUAUGUAUAGUCUGCAAAGUGGACCUUCAUUUGGAAGUAAAAAGCAAAAGUUAUUUUGUGAUUGAGGUAUGUGUACAGGCCCAAGCUAUGAAGUGCUUUCCAGAGGCUUCCCCUUCCAUGAGCCUGCAGGGAGCCAAAAUAUAUGGUGGACCAUCUUGAUCAUCUAAGUGGUCUUUAUUAUACUCGUCCGCAGAGAACAGAAGUAAAGAAGCAUAGCUGUGUUAAGACAUGAUAAUUUGCAGAAAAUAUUACAGGGGGGAAUUUUAUUCUCACUCCUUACAUUCCAGUUGUGUGGUACCAAUGCACUACUGUGAAGGAAGGCAUUAAAGAAAGCUGCAAGUGGCAUAGAUAACAAUUAACAUAGUCACUAAAAUAUGAAUCUGCUGCAUUGUAUAUUUUAAGUGGUUUCUAUGAAAUUACAUUGAAAGAGUAAUGAUUAGUUUACACACUGUGGAAUUGUUAUAUUUUGGAAAGACAAUUAAUAUUCUCAUCUUUUUAAAACAAAUUCUGUUCGAGUCCUUUCACAAGUGUCAUAGCAGAAUAAUCAGUCACUUAACUCAUUCACCCUUCCUGCAAAUUCACUUCAGCUUACUGUAGACAUUUCAGUCUAUUUUUAUCUUAAUUUAAUGAUAUCUUCAGCCCUGAUUACUUUAUAACCUAAACAUAAAAACUGGUACGUGAUUUAUUCUCUGGAUUUUAAUGUUGUAUUUUUCCUAACAAUUGACCUGGCCUCUUCUCCCUGAAUGGUAACUUCAUGAAUGUGUUUGGCACAUAAACGUCUACAAUUCCUGAUCCAACAGUCCCUUUGUCUGUCAUGAAAUGUUUUAUAUUUUACUUUAAUGUUUAAAAAGUACAUUUUAAGCUGGUUAAUCUUUGACUUAUUUAUUAUAACUUUCCAGCACAUUCCAAAUUCUAAGUUGCUCAGGAAGGAGUUGAUUUAAAUGGUUUUAUUUUGGUCUGAUGGAUUUUUUUUUUAAACAAAAAUCACUGUUAUAAACCUUUAGCCCACUACAGCUUUGCAGUAAGUGCCGUAUAUGCACCUGUAAAUCUUGCGGGGGGGUGGGGGACGGGGCGGGGGUGUACUUGAUAAAAAUAAGAAAACAUAUCUGUACAUUAGCUUAGCUUUAAAUGAAAGGAAUCUUCAUUUGGUAUGAAAUAUUCUUUAACUUAUUCACUACCCUCUCUGAGAUUCUGAAAUAUAAAAAACCCGUGUGGGAGGAGGUUUUGUUUAUUGGGAUGUUUUUGUUUUUAACUCCAGUGAUGUUUGAAAAUACAGCUUAUGCUGUUCUACUCUGCCUCGCCAUAUCCUGUUUGGUUCCUUCUCAUCAUAGCCUGUUUGGAUACCCAGGUUUUCCUUAUCUGGAUGUAAUGCCAAUGGAUGGCACUUCAUCUGGAAUCUCACCCUCUGGAGCUUUCUUUUAUACAGCAUAAUUUAUUAUCUAAAAGGCCAUACUGCAACAGUGAGAUUCAGGCAGGUUGUUUCUGGGUGGUUAUUCUACAUCUUGAAUUGCCUUGAGGUACAAGGCCAAAGACUCAGUUACUUUAACCACCUGAUAAGUGCCGUAAAUAUCCAGAGAUGCACUGCCUGGUGUGCUUUAUUGCUGUGAAGUUGAACUUAUUUUUAUGUACAAAGGGAAACAGCUUCGAUCCAUACACUGCAUUUUACUAGAUAUUCUAGACAUAGUAAGAUUAUAUUUGAUACCCAGUCUUAAAAGCUCCAAUUGUUUCCAGAGUCUAAAGUCAUUUUAAAAUGUAAAAAAUCACCAGUGGCAGUGCUGUCAUACUAAACAGAAAAUAAACCAUUGUUAUAGUGCAACAUUCUGGGGGGAAAAUAAACUUUAGUUAUAAAUUUCAAGUGAUCGUGAUGAUAGUGGUGCAUGUUUGUUACUGUUUCUCUUCCAUGUGCAUGGCUGCAUCAGAACAUCUAAAAUGCAUGAGGACGAGGAGUAGCUCAAGAUAACUGAACAUGUAUAAAAUGAAUGGUACAUUUGGAGUAUUUCAAUUUGUUUUAAGUUCUUUGUCCCUGGUCUUUGUGAUGAAUUGCUUUGGUUUUGUUGUAUAGUUUGAUGAUCAGUGCCAUAAAAACGUUAAACGGAGUGAUAAAAUUCAACCAUUGGUGAAUAAAUCUUCAGGUUCUAGUUGCUAAAAGCCAUUGAAGUCUGACUCCUAUCAGUAUUUAUUACAGUAAAAUUAGUUUUUAAAGGGAGGGCACACUAUUUGUACUGAUAGGGGAAACCAGGUUGAAUGGCAUUUGUACACUCACACCAAAAAAAAAUCUAUUGUCCACCAAAAUGUAAUUUAAAAACAAUAAGUUUAAAUCCUAUACAAAAUAAAGUCCUGUCAUU